ACCUUCUACUCCAUCAGACAGAGAGAAAGAAUGUCAGUCGUGUCCUUCACUGGGAAGUAUGAGCUGGAAAGCCAGGAGAACUUUGAGCCCUUUAUGAAAGCUAUCGGUCUCUCAGAUGAGAUGCUUAAGAGAAGCAAAGACAUCAGCAGAGUUUCUGAAAUUGUCCAAAACGGAGACCAUUUCAAAAUAGUGACCAAAGUUGGCAGCGAUGUGCACACCAAUGAAUUCACUCUGGGCAAAGAGACUGACAUUCAAACCUACACUGGACAGAAGAUCAAGGCAAUAAUCACCCUUGAAGGCAAUAAACUGAUCGGCAAAAUGAAAGAGAUGAGCUCAGUUACCGAACUGCUGGGAGACAAACUGAUUAGCACAAUGACUGCCGGAGAUAUCGUUUACAAGAGCAUCAGCAAAAGGAUCAGCUGAAUUUAGAGCAAAGUGCCGUGUGCAGUUGUUAAUGUGUGGCUUAUUGUACAACAAACUAAAAUACAAUAAACUGAUUUUUUUCCUG